AUGUUAAAAAUAUUUCCAAGAAUUUCAAGAUUUGUCGUUUCAAGGCAAUUGUCUCAAGUAAAAAUUACUGAAUUAGAAUUUGAUAAAAAGUCGGAGGAGUAUCUUAAUAAAAUUUCUGAAUACUUAGAUACCUUACCUGAUAUAGUUUCAUGUGAUAAUGAAUAUGAUGUUAAUUAUUCUAUGGGUGUAAUAACUGCUAAAAUAAGUGAUAAUGUAGGAACAUAUGUUAUUAAUAAACAAACACCAAAUUGUCAAAUAUGGUUGUCAUCCCCUAUAUCAGGACCAAAAAGAUAUGACUACAUACAAGGUGAUUGGAUAUAUAAUCAUGACAAAAUGUCAUUAAAUCAAUUACUAACAAUUGAAUUCCAAAAAAUUUUUAAAACGGAUAAAAUUAAUUUUUGCUCAAAAUAA